AUGUCCCAUUUAUCUCAACCUCGGUCCGAUGACGAGCCUAAUACAAAAAAUGAGGCGGAUGCAAGUCACCCCGACUCCAAAAUUGACCAUGCGGCAUCCAUAAACUAUUGGAACAGCGUGCCCGCUACCCCAGGCGCAAUGUUAGCCAUGCUUGGUGACUUCUCAUGGUACACACGAAUUGACCUGCGGGGAUCAAAAAGCUUCUUGACCAAAGUUCGUCGAUUGAUCCCAGCCCUUCCUCGGGAUCAGAAGCUUGCUCUGGGCGCCGAUUGUGGUGCUGGUGUUGGCCGAAUCACAGAAGGAUUUCUGAGUGAAGUCUGUGAAGUGGUGGACAUCGUGGAGCCCGUUGAAAAAUUUACCGCGGCUCUGAAGGAAAGCGAGCUUGGCGGGCGGGGCGUUAUUGGCGACAUUUAUAACGUUGGCCUUGAAGGGUGGAACCCAGAGAAAAAGUACGAUCUGAUCUGGACCCAAUGGUGCGUGGGUCAUCUCACAGACUCGCAACUCGUUGAUUUUGUCGCUCGCUGUCGUGGCUCCCUGAAGGACUCUGGCCUCAUGGUUGUGAAAGAAAACCAAUCCACCGAUCCUUCGGGUAAAGACAUGUACGAUGAUGUGGACAGUAGCGUCACAAGAACGGAUUCAAAGUUCAAAGGAAUCUUCCAGGCUGCUGGUAUGGACAUCGUCAAGUCUGAGAUGCAAACAGGGUUCCCGAAGCAGUACAAGCUCCUUCCCGUCAAGAUGUACGCGUUGAGACCUAAGAAUUGA